GGGAAGCGAUGGAGCUUUACUAAAAGCCCUGACGAAAUAGCAAACGCGGAGUCCCUGUAGGGUUGGGGGUUUUUUCCCCCCUUCUUUUCCUUCAGUCGCACUCUCGGAAAUGGAGCUGACGUAUCAGUCGUUGAGAACGACGCACCAGGCCAGAGAAGAUGUAUGUAGAUGCUGCUAGUGCACUGGAACAGGAAACAAAAUGUGGGUUGCGCCGUUUUGAAGUGUGCGACAACGUUGAUCUGGAGACCAUUUUGAUGGAGUAUGAAAGCUACUACUACGUCAAGUUCCAAAAGUACCCCAAGAUUACCAGGAAAGUUGUCGACACCAGAGAACGAAGGUCCUUUAAGUCGGGUCGCAUCGGAAUUUGGUUUAAAUGUAUCUGCAAUCCAUAAAGGAGAUGGAGAAGGACCUCAUUCUAAAAGAGGCCAAAUCAUUGACUUCCGUGGGCUGAUUCAGGAUGCUAUCAAAGGGGCGUCCAGUGAAAUUUCCUUACACAGCUUUAACUGCAAUCCAGAUCCUUCGGAACGACUACUAAAACCUUUGGGCGCCUUACUUGGGAUGACAGCUGAAAUGAGGGAGCUUGCAACAGUGGUCAGCAAGGAUAUCUAUCUCGACAGCCCCAACGUGAAGUGGAAUUGCAUCAUCGGGCUUGACGCAGCCAAGCGGUUGGUCAAGGAAGCUGUCGUGUAUCCCAUCAGG